AUGUCAGUCUCCUUCCGCGACGCAUACACCACCCACGGCGUCGACAACUACUACACCCUCGUCGCAAACACCUACAAAAACCCCCACGAACCCGGCGUCCAAAAAGCCCUCCGCAAAAUCCUCGAAUCAAUAGUCCCAGUCGACCCCCUCAAGCCCUACUACCGCCUCCUCGACCUCGCCGCCGGCUCCGGCGAAGCCACCCUCGCCGCCGCCCACUGGUUCUCCACACGGCGCCCGUCCUACCGUCUCCUCAUCUCCGCGCACGACCCCUUCACCGCCUCCCUCUACACCACGCGCACGGGCGGGCGGCCAUGCGGGACGCAAUCGUUCCGCGACAUCCAGACAGGCGGACUAGAGGUGUCGCCCGGGAGGAGUAGCAGCAAGAAUGAUGUUGUUGUGUGCUCGUUUGCGCUGCACCUAUGUCCGGCGAGCGAGGUGUGGGGGCUGCUGUAUACGCUGAGCUGCGAGUGCCGGUGGCUGGUGGUGCUGGCGCCGCAUAAGCGGCCGGAGGUGGGGAGUGAGCACGGAUGGGAGAGGAUGGGGAGGGAGGUGUGUGUGGAGAGGGUGAGGGGGAGGUUGUUUCGGAGUUUGAACUUUGAGGAUGUGGAGGAGGUGGAGGUUGAGGCGGAGGUUGGGGAAGGAAGAGGGGAAGGAGGAGAAGGCGGUGGUGGAAGAGGAAGGGCAGAGAAGGAGGGAGCGGAGAAGGAAGAGGUAAAGAAGGAAGACGCAGUCGUAGCUGAGGGCGAAGAGAAGAAGCAAGAGGUAAAAACAAAAGAUGUAGAAGCAGCAACUAACGAACCCCAAGACAAAAAAGAGGAGGUGGUCGAAAACACAGCAAAUUAA